GGCACUCAGAAAGCUGCGCAGUGCGACCAUUCUCCGUAUAGUAAAAGAAAAUCAAAGUAUGUGGAGUAUGCUGAUUCGUUUCCUUAUCUCUAGUCUUCAUAUUCGAAAGUAGAUGGAUGCUCAGUCUAUAUAACAAUCUACAGCAUUGACCCUGUCAAGGUUCACAGGGUUGCCAUAUCAUAAGAGACGUGCUGUUAGAAGUUAGAACUGGAGACAAGAGAAUACGAGACCAGUAGUAGGUAAUAAAAUAAAAGUUUUGUUUAUCCACAUUGAAAAUUUUAAAUAUAAGAAAAUGUCUUUAAAUCGUGAGCUUGAAACACUCAAACAGGAAAUUGCAGAAUUAAAAGAAAAACUUAAUAAGAAAGAACAAUUAUUGCAUGCAUUAUAUAAAAAACAAGAAGGUAUUUGCACGUAUAAUAACAUUCUCUCAACCGACGAAAUUGUAAGAUAUAGUCGUCAAAUGAUUAUGCCUGACAUAACUGUAACUGGACAAGAAACUCUAAAAAACAGCAAAGUUCUUAUUGUUGGCAUUGGAGGAUUAGGUUGUCCUGCAGCUUUAUAUUUGGCAAGUGCAGGGAUAGGUGAAAUUACAAUAAUAGAUUAUGAUGCAGUAGAAUUAUCUAAUCUUCAUAGACAAGUGCUUCAUUCUGAAAAUGAUAUUGGUACUCCAAAAGUAGACUCUGCUUUUAAAAAAUUAGAAAGGCUAAAUGGAAACAUAAAAAUAAUUCCAAUUAUAGACCAUGUUAACAGCACAACCAUUAAUCGUCUAUUAAAGGCAACAAAAUAUGAUGUAAUCAUAGAUGGUAGUGAUAAUGUUGCUACAAGAUAUCUUCUAAACGAUGCCUGUGUAUUGAACAAUAUUCCACUUGUAUCUGGUAGUGCCCUUCAAAUGGAAGGUCAACUGACCGUUUAUCAUUAUAAAGAUGGUCCUUGUUAUAGAUGUAUUUUUCCUAUUCCUCCGCCACCUCAGACAGUUACUAAUUGUGGAGAUGGAGGUGUUUUAGGACCAGUAACUGGAGUGAUAGGAGUUCUUCAAGCUUUAGAAACUAUAAAGAUUUUAAUACAUUCUCCAUUUGUGCUAUCUAAAAGAUUUCUUAUAUUUGAUGGAAUCGCCUCGACUUUCCAAAAUAUAAAACUAAAACAAAGAAAUAUAAAAUGUGAAGUUUGUGGCGAUGCUCCUACAAUUACAUCACUAAUAGAUUAUGAGCAAUUUUGUGGGUCCAGUGCACAUGAUAAGGUGACAGAUAUAAAUAUUGUAAAACCGGAGCAAGAAAUUGAAAUUUUAUGUUUUAACAAACUUAGAGAUGACACUCUAGUAGUAGAUGUUAGGCCAGAGUUAGAAUUUAAAAUGUGUUGUUUACCUAAAACACUUAAUUAUUCAUAUACAAAAAUUAUGGAUAACAUUGGAGAUUUUAUAAAAUUUUUAGACGUUAAUACUACUCAGUUGUCAAAAAAUGUUUUGGUAUUGUGCCGUAGAGGAAAUGACUCUCAAAAGGUUGUAAAAAUUGUUCAAAGCCAUCUAAUUAAUCAUAACAUUAAUUUAUACAAUGUAAAGGGAGGGCUUCAUGCAUUUUCCAAACAAGUGGACACCACAUUCCCCUGUUAUUAAAUUGAUUGAUGCUGCUGCUGCUGUCGACGUUUUUAUUUUUAAGGAUUUACAGAUCGGUAAAUAUUUAAAGAUCCUUUGUGAAUAUAAUUAAAAAAA